UGUCACGCGUUGAGCCAGAAUCAGGGCUGAGAUGCACGUUCCGGAGUCUGACAUGUCUUUCCAACUCACACGUGAGUAUAGAGCGAAGCGAAGCGAUAUCUGUCUUGACUUGGCACUUCGACCAGUAUGACUGCAGUCAGAAGUUGAAACGUUUGGUGAUCGCUCCAUCGCGCAUGAGCCCUGCGCAUCGAAGAGCUGAAGUUCAAUCGAGAGACACGCAGUUAGUAACAUCAUGAGGGGAACAUGGGUUGUGCCCUGGGAUCCUGCUCUCUCUGAGAUUACGGCUGGGCGUUGGCCGUGCCCCCCUCCUGCGGUGCCUGGCGAGAUUGCCCUCCCAUAGAGGAAAUGGAAGAUCAUCAUCAGGUCAAAACUUCCUUCCUCUUCAUCCAACUGCAGUCGCCCUCCAAGGCCCGCCAGCAGCCGUGUCCUGCGAGCAGAGCCUGCCUGGCCACCUCAGAGGAAGGAUACCGCAGCAGCGUUUCAGCAGAAGGUCCAGGUCCAGGGCCAAGCCCGGAGCAGCAAAGCUCACCAGAAGGGUGUGGUGUUGUGGAUACUUGGAGCGCAGAGGCCUGUGUCAUCAGUGAAGAGGAACACCUUGAGGAAGGAAUCGGCAGGUCUUUGGCGCACUCCACUGAGAGCCCUGCAGGAGAUGCCAGUGGUUAUGCAUGUCUUCACAUAGAUGAGGAGUGUGUGAGUUUGACGGAGGAGAAACCGACACACCCGUCAGACGGCACAAGGUGUCCCUCCGAGGUCCCUGUGUGGAUCUUGCGUGAAGAGAGCCCAGAUACCAUGAGUGGGGAGAGCCCAUCUACACCAAGGGGGAGCACAUCCCCCAAGGUGCCCCCCAAACCUUCUACAGCUGCCCGCACCAGCUUCCUCUACUCGACGGGGACACACGAGUCUCAGAAAAUAACCCCAGAAGAAAAGCUGGCGGAAGAGACCAAGCCUAAGACCGUUUACCAGACCCCUGUCCAACCCACCAUGGGCACCAGUGUGUAUCGCUCCUCCAGUAACAGCUGGGUGCACAGUGCUAAGUACCACGAGGAGGCUGGUCACCAAAGCAAGGCUCAGGCAGCAGGAGUACCCAGGAGCCCAGAGAGAGCUACCUUUUUGUCUGCCGUUAUACAGAGGUCUUCAAAGCUUUCUGGUAAUGCGUACAGGAAGUCUGUGAGCAAUCUGGACGCCUCCAAACCAGCACCUGCUGCUACAGAGCCCUCUGUGAAGACAUCACCUCCCCCACCUCCAGUGCGUUCUACUGUUGCAGUUGGGGCUCCUACCAAACCUGCUCCAGUUACUCCAGUGAAGCAGUCCUCUGCAAAGAGCACCUCAAUGGACAAACGAGGCCCCAAGCCUCCCGUUCCCCCCAAGGCUGAAACAUUCGUUUGGGUCAACAACUCCUCACAUGCUCAAAGUGUCGCCAAGGCCAAAUACGAGUUUCUCUUCGGGAAGUCAGAAGAGUCAAGCUCUGUUACCACUGUGUCAUCGACUGGAACUGAGAUUCUACCAGAAAAGGAAAGCAGCACAAGUUUAGACCCUGAGCCGAGUCUGCAGGAUGACGCCGAGCUGGACGAGACGUCCCUCUUCCAGGAGAUCGAUCGCGAGCUGGCCAGCCUGCUGAGCGGCCUUAAGGCCAGGUGUCGGGAUGCAGGCGUGGACCCCCAAGACGACCUGGACGACGUCUCACCACAGGCCUGCACCGACAGCGGCCCCCAUCCCUUCCCCACUGCCAUGAUCCCCAACGGCUCCAGCGACGGGCGACCAGCCUCCGCCGUAAGCGCCCAGAAUGGCUGCUCCGAGCCGGGCCCGGUGGCAGCGGAGGAGGACGCCGGUGAGCCAGCCUCGCUUCUGCAGCAGUCAGACAGCUUCAUACUGGACACAUGGGCAGAGGUGCUGGGGCAGGACACGCUCUCGCUCAGCUCCGUCACGGAGGAGCUGCAGGCGCUGAGCGCAGGACUGCUGGCUCUGGACGGCACCAGUGGCGCCGCCGCCGCUGGCCAAGACAAAUCCCUGCCGGAUCGCACAUCUGGAGACGAGACUUCGGUGGAAGUGGAAGGGAGACGGUCCUCGAGUACAGAAACCCAAACUCAGAACGCGUCCCAGAUGAAGGCUGAUGUGGUGGCCCUGGACGCGUCGCUGGACGAGUCCAGCAAGAUCCUGGCCGAGAUCCCGGGGAUCUUCACUGCCUUCCUGGACGGCGGCCAGUCGCAGUCGCGGGAGAAGCCCCCAAAGAAGCUGCGCUUUGUGGAGAGCCGAGAGGACGGAUCGCAGGGCUCGAGCAGCGGCGCCGUGAACGGGACCACCACGGGCGGCGAGGGAUCGCACAGAGAGGAGGAGGAGGAGGAGCGACAGCAGCGGCUGGGGCAGAACUCCUCGGGGACCAUGGAGAAACCCCAGGUCGAGGCGCUGGAGGACGAGGUGUUCAGGGCGCUCCCUAAGGUGUGUGUGCUCAGCCCGGAGAGUGAGUCCGCAUCGGAACACAGCUCAAGGAGCGCCGAAGGGGCCAAGUCUUCAGAGGCGGAGGCCAAGAAGUCGCAGGGCAGCGACGAAGCCACUGACGUGUUCAGCUCGCAUUUUGAGAGCAUCGUGGAGUCGGACCGCCUGCGCAGCACGCUCUACAGCAGCCUGGACUCGCUGGACGCCCUGUCGUCGGCUGACGACGACCCUGAGCCCGAGCCCAGCUUCACCUUUGACCUGCCGCUGACCCCCAUGAUCCAGCAGCGGCUCAAGGAGAGCGGCCACUUCCUGGACGGAGUCGCGCCGGACUUUGGCCGGCAGGAGGUGCUCAGUGUCACGGCCACCGGCAAGAGCGGGAAGGGUGCCCUGGAGGUGACCACGUCCUUUGUGGAUGUGACGGACAGUGGGGACCGAACGUCUGUCUCCACAGAGACGGAGACUGCAUCGAGCAGACAUUCCAGUGACAAUUCUGCCGGAUCUGUGGCAAAUGGAGUGGUGGAGAACGCGGGACAGGACUCAAAAGACUGGCUGCAGGGCUGCCUGAGGAGCGAUGCGGACCUGAAGGAGGCGCUGUCGGGCUGGGACUCGGACAUGGGCAGCACGGAGAGGCUGAAGGACAGCAACGAUGCACUCCACAACAGCAGCGGCGGCAGUGGCAGCAACCGCGGCGACCAAGAGGCCGCCAGGCGCCUGGCACGCCGGCUCUACCACUUGGAGGGUUUCCGCCGCUCUGACGUAGCCAAGCACCUGGGCAAGAACAAUGACUUCAGCAAGAUGGUGGCCGAAGAGUACCUCACUUUUUUUGAAUUUACAGGGAUGACAUUGGACCAAUCUCUCAGAACCUUUCUGAAAGCUUUUGCACUAAUGGGUGAAACCCAGGAAAGAGAGCGGGUUUUGAUCCACUUCUCCAAUAGGUACUAUCAAUGUAACCCCUCCAUCAUCGCCUCACAAGAUGGAGUGCAUUGCCUUACCUGUGCUUUGAUGCUGCUCAACACAGACCUUCAUGGCCAUAAUAUCGGGAAGAAGAUGACGUGUCAAGAAUUCAUCAAUAACUUGGAUGGGCUAAACGAAGGGCAAGAUUUCCCUCGAGAGCUCUUAAAGGCAUUGUACAACUCAAUCAAAAAUGAGAAACUGGAGUGGGCAAUUGAUGGUGACGAGUUGAAGAAGUCCUUGUCAGAGCUCGCUGACAACAAGACCGAAAAUGCCCACUCCAAGGGCAUCAGCAGAAUUGGCAGUGGCAGCAACCCAUUCCUGGACAUCGCACAUGACCCCAACGCCGCUGUCUACAAAACGGGUUUCCUGGCCCGCAAAAUCCAUGCUGACAUGGAUGGGAAGAAAACACCUAGGGGGAAGCGUGGUUGGAAAACCUUUUAUGCCGUUCUCAAAGGAAUGAUCCUUUAUCUGCAAAAGGAUGAGUAUAAGCCUGAGAAGGCUUUGUCUGAGGAUGACCUGAAGAAUGCUAUCAGCGUGCACCAUGCCCUGGCCAUCAAGGCCGAGGACUAUGAGAAGAAACCCAACGUGCUGAAGCUUAAGACCGCCGACUGGAGGGUCUUCCUUUUUCAGGCGCAGAGCCCCGAGGAGAUGGAGUUCUGGAUCAAAACCGUCAACUCCGUGGCGGCCAUGUUCUCCGCACCCUCGUUCCCAGCCGCUAUUGGCUCUCAGAAAAAGUUCAGCCGCCCAUUGCUGCCAGCAACCACCACAAGGAUGUCACAGGAGGAGCAGUUAAAAUCCCAUGAGGCCAAGCUGAAGCACAUCUCCACAGAGUUGGCUGAGCACAGAUCCUACCCACCAGACAAGAAGGUCAAAGCCAAGGAAAUAGACGAGUACCGAUUGAAAGAGCACUAUCUGGAGUUUGAGGAGAAACGUUACGACAUGUAUGUGCAGCUCCUGAAGGAUGGCGUGAAGGAGCUCCUGGCCGGUAAGGAGGCUGAAGCAGCCCUGAAGAAGUCCCAGUCCAGCCCCUCGCUCAACCAGGAGUCCCAGCCGGCUGGCGCCAAAGUCAAACGGAACACCUCCGAGAGGAAGGACUACCGGCCCGAGCCCCCCAAAGUCACAUAGGAAGCUCCACCACGCUGUCCGUUCGAGAGCCAUUGGUAGCACUUUUCUGUGAAGGGCUACAUGUAAGGCCUAAUUUAACACCUUUUUACGAGCCAAUGCACGACCACCCUAAGACUAGUGGAAGGCCCUUGACAGGCGGUUGAUAGAGUCACUAGCUUCGAUAGUGUGACACGGCGUUGUGGAAAGGCCUUUGAGUUUGUCGUUGCUAUACACACACACACACUUGCACGUAUUCGCAAUUGCUCAGGUGCCUCUUAGGGCCCUGGUGUGUUGAUUCCAAAGGUGUUGUUUAGCUUUUAACGUGAACCCCCUUAAGGAAAGUGUUACCGAGCCAUUCUACACAACGUGUGAAUAUAUUUUGUGUAAUUUAUUUAUGAUCCCACAGUUGUGUACAAUGUAAAUGACUGAUAAUCGUCCUUAGAUUGACUGGUGCUUGUGUAGCGAUUUAUAUGGGGCAUAACCUACAUACAGUAAAUGUAGUCUCUUUUUUUUUUAUUUGAGUGUUGUACAUGUUGCUGUUGUCAUUAUUGUAAUGUAAGUGUAAGAUUUAGUUGUGAGGCAUUCGACUGUCACUUUAUUUGUUCUCGCUGUGUUCCGUCCUUACCAACGCUCUCCCGAAAUCUGCCUUUAUUCAAGAGAAGAUAUUUUCUUGUAUUUUGAGUGGACUUGAUCCACCCUUAUAUCUUUGUAGGUAUUAGAUAUAGUCUUACUCCUACUGUAAGGUAAAUGGUUAUUUUAAAAUGUAGAUUAAGUGAAUGUUAUAAACAUUUAAACACACAUGUACGGUAAUUAGAUCAUUGGUACAAUAUGGCUUGACCCAGAUUUUCUCCCAGCUGCUGGUUAGAGUCAAAACCGUGGAGAGAAAACAGCUGAUUAUUUUCAAUAAGCUCGUUGACACAAAAUGUCUCAAGCACAUUAGAUGGACCGGAAAGGCACAUGGAAGAAGUUCCCAUUGCUAUUUCCUCUUAUUGGCAUUAUAGGGACCAUAUAGGCCUACGUCAAGACUUUUUAAUUCUGUUUGUUAUAUAAGUGCCCACCACCAACAGAUUUUCUAAUUCUAUUCUGCAACAGUUUCAAUUCAAUUUCAUAAAAAUGUAAACAGUUCACAUCUGUAAAUCGCAUUUUAAUUAUCAGUUCUGGCAACUUUUCCCAACAGAACAGCAACAAAAUGUUUCUCACUCCCUGUUGCCGUUUCUAAAUGGUUUUGUCCUCUCUCUCUCUCUCUCUCUCUCUCUCUUUCUCUCUCUCUCUCUCUCUCCCUCUCUAUAGACGUUUAUUUUUACAUUACCAUAAUGCAGCAGGUUGUAAAUAAUCAGAAGUGAUUUUUUUAAUGUUCCUAUGAACGGAACAGUAGAGAAAUGAAAGCCUUCAGAAUAGACCCAUUAGAAGACAUAGAUACACUAUUAGUUCCAUUUUAAAGGUAUGUUACAGUGGUUUUAAGGCUAUUCAAAGUCUCUUAUUUUAAGGAACGAUUAGGGGUACUUACAGAUAAUGGUUUUAAACGUUGUUCUGUCCUCAGAACGUGGCUGUGCACACUGCAAUGGCACUGUUGUGUUGUUAUCAACACCAGAGUUGCUGCAGGCAGGCCGUUUAUUUUUUUAUCUGUUGAGCUAAAGAAAUAUACUUCUGCUUUUUUGAGUAGUGUAAAUGCCAAUGCUACUUUUUGUGUAUUUUAUAAUCUUCUUAUAUUUGGAUUUUUAAUUCUUGAGUUGAGAAUUGUAUUGUUGUAAAGAAAAAAAAUUAGUAUUUAUAGUGCACUUUAUGAAUUAGUUCUUUUGACUAUUUUAGAGCUUUAUAAGGGGUAGAGUGACACGUUUUUGAGUGACUCCACAGGUUUCUUUUUCUUUUCUCAGGCUGCUCCCAAGCUUGUUUUGUUGAAGGUACUGAGCUGAGUGUACGAUUCUGUCAGCUCAACAUGUUAGUUUGUCAGUGGUUGUGUAGUUUUGCUGUCAUAGUUAGAUUGUGUUAUGACUACGUUUCCAGUAAGGGAACUAUUUACAGUGCUGUACAACAUUGAAAUUUUUGCCUUUCUUUGUGAUGUCAAUAUAGAAUUGAAGUGUCAUUGAAAAUGUCUUCAGACAGAGCUGACAUGGAAACACUGAUAUUUUAUUCUUUCCCAUCACAAACUGUAUUUCAGGCAUAUUUUCCUCACCAAAUAUGGUCUGUAUUUGAAGGUUUAGGUGUGUCAGGUGUGAGAUGUACAAUAUAUAACAAAGAAGGAAUUGUAGGUUUCUGACAUACGCUUGAAAAUGUAGUAAUUUGGCUUGUCGUCAGAACGUGUGCUUGUUUACUUCAACAAAGCGUGUGUUGUAGAAAUUACACAAUAGUUACAGUAUUUGUUCUUCUCACCGUGUUAAAACAAUAUAGCCAGGCAAAUGAACUGAGAACUUCUGAACGGAACAUUUAUAUCCAGGUGGCUUCAGUGUCACUAUCAGGAAUUUUUUUUGCGACUCCGAUAUGCAUAUCCUAUGCUUGCACAGUGUUGCCGAUGCAACACUUUACUCUGUUGCCCCUUCCCUUGCCAUAGUAUACAAGGUUAGUGUAUGGCUUCAGCAUUGAAGCACUUAGAGUAACUUGCUUUUGUUCUUAUUUUUUGUUGGUUUGUUUGUUUUGCUUGCUUGUGUGUUGCUUUGCCUAUAAGUACUAAAAGAAACUGACCCAACAAAACUAUACCCCAGCUGUGGGAACUGUCCCUGUUAGAAGUCGGCCCAGUUUGCUUUUUUUUUCUUAUCCUUUUGUUGUGUAUGUACUUUUAAACAUGUUGGUUUGUAUUUGUUGACCAUUCAAAAACAUCUGACCAAAUUGUGCUUGUUGAUGCUUGGAUAUAUUGUACUUUUUGUGCUCUACCCCAUAUAGGACCCUCACCAUCCUUCUAAAGAGGAAGUGUAUACCGAAACUAAAGUCCCAGUGUGAAGUUCAGUCUCCCGAUUUGUCCAGCAUGAACAGUUGUAGAUCAGCUGCUUCUCAUGCCUUUGUGAUACAUUUGCACAUUUUAGGAUUUUUUGAUUUCACAUUUUGUUUUGUACUGACACAAAAAGCAGAAGCUUGUGUACUCCUGUAUGUAGUGCAUGGACAUCUGAGUUCAAUUUAAUGGCAGAGAACCCCCCCUUUAAAAAACAAAACAAAGAGAAUAGCUUUAUUAUUUAUGUUCUCAUUUGUAUUGCCUUAUUUAUCCUUUUUUUGGACUGGAAUGAUUUAAUUUUAGUGGUACAUUUUCUUUGCAGGUGUACUAAUUUUACACAUCCAUGUAAAUUAUCUUUUAUUGUCAAGUGUAAUAUCCAUACCACGCUUUUGUUUUGUUUUUUAGUUUUGGUCAAACAGUUUUCAGUGUAAACCUUAUCGAUCCCCCUCUUUUCUCCCUCUGCAGACGCCACUGUUGGUAUUGAUCCCAAGCCGCCCUACACUCACAUAUAUCACUUAACAAUAUCAAAUGUAGAGCCUAUGAAGUGUAGCUAUAUGCUGGACAUCUCAUAUUAGCAUCCACCAUGUUUGUUUGUUUUUUUGUUUUGAAGAAGGAAAGGAGGGGGCUGAUGGGGUUUUUUUGGGGGAACGACAGCUGAAGUUGUACAGUAGGAACCAACACCACCGGUAUUGGACACUCACACAGUCCCCCCUACACCGUUGGUGGUCGCUCAGUAGACAUUGCACCUUAGCCUUCAGCAGGGGCUGUUAGUUCCUGCAACACAAACAGCAUCAAAAAGACUAUAUCUCUACAAAAGCUGUGAUCUUGUACAAUCCUUUAAUUCUGUAAAUGUUGUGACAUAACUGUUGCCCUGUGUUGGAUAAGAAAAAAACAAUUGGUUGAUUUGUGGGUUGUUGAAGUGAUGUCACUGGCAGUAAGCGUGUCUUACGCCCCUCAGCCAGAGUCAGGCACUUGAUGCCAGCGUUACCAACUGUAGACGGUUUCAGUGAAUAAAACACAGUAUUUAAUUGAGCAUCCCA